AUCCCCAGCCCUGUUGUAAACCAAACAAUAAUAUAAAAACACUAGCAAGAAUUUUUUGCAUAGAAAUGGCGUUAGCAAAUGUACUUUUGCUUAGUCAAAUAGCUGGACAUGUUCUGCUAUUUAUAUUAUCCUUAUGCAUUGUUCUGCCGCUAUCAAUAAACCUCAAUCAGUUUUGUGGACACUGCUUGCUCUUUACAACGGGUAAAUGGCGAGAGGAGGAUGGUAUGUUCGAUGUUCAUUGGGCUUCCGACGGAUUCUGCAAUUUUCCCAUAAUCACUGGAGUCUUUCUCUUCAUCAUCUCUGUCGUACAAAUCUACCGAUAUGUUCGAAUGAAGGAGGAGGAGUCCUUCAUUGCCCUUUUUAUUGACGUUGUGCUUGGCAUUUGGAUGCUGGCUAUGUCCAUAUUGUCCGCAAUUUUCAUAACGUUGGGUUUCAUUGUCUGGUGUGAUGGAAUGACCGAACGAUUUCCAUCGUGCGAAACAUCGGCUGGACAAAACAUUAUCAGAGGCGACACCGAAAAGAUUAAUACAUCAGGAUUCUACAUUGAAAUGGGUACCACUCAGUUUGGCGCUUGGGGAGCUUUUGCCAUUUCAGUGGGUAUUGGAGUCAUCGCGUUGCUAAAACUUAUACAUAAUCAUCAGGUCCGAAAUAUAAAGGUGUCCAUGUAUUUAGAACGUCAACGCUUGGUUAAUCAACAGAAUUUCGAUGGACGCUCAACGCCCCCUCUUCAAUCGGGUGCUUCGUCUGAUACCGACAACAAUAAAUAGUUGAUAUUUUCGUCGAGUCAACAAUUUGUUAUUCUUUAUGUUUUUCUCAUGAUAUGUACGAUAAUUAUUUUAUGCCAUUUGAUUGUGGUACUCAUUAUUACGAUUGAGACGCGGCAGCAGGCAUUCAUAAUGUAGUACAGUUUAUCUAAGUGUAUAUUGUUAUCUUAUUAAAAUAUGUAUGUAUUAAGCAUUACCUUAUAAUCGGUAAUUAAAAAUUAUAGU